GCAUGUUUCCCUUAAUAUCCCGUCAGAGCUUCGUCUCGCCGGCCAAAAGAACCCACCGAAUGUGUCGGUCCAAUUCCACAUCUCAUCUAUUUUCUAAAUAUUGGCCCAUGCCGCUCCCUCUCCCUUUGACGUGAACCUUUCGGCUCUCCAUCAUUCCAUCAUGGCCGAGCCAGACACCACCGGUUCCAGCCCCAAGAAGGGCUGGCGCUUUGCGGUCAUCUUCUCAGCCCUGUGUAUGACUGCGUUUUUAGCGGCUCUCGAUACAUCGAUCAUCUCGACCGCGUUGCCCACCAUCGCUGCAGCACUCAACUCGGAGACGCUCUAUGUCUGGACAAUCACGUCUUACCUGCUCGCCUCGACGGCCGUCCAGCCACUGUUCGGACAGGCGGCCGACAUUUUUGGCCGACGAUACCUCACCCUUCUCUCGGUGGCGCUGUUUGCUCUCGGUAGCGGCAUUGCUGGCGGUGCACAUAACACAGCCAUGAUGAUUGCAGGACGGACCGUUCAGGGCAUCGGCGGAGGCGGCAUCAAUGUCAUGGUCGAAAUUGUGGUGUGUGAUCUGGUCUCGCUCCGCGAACGAGGAAAGUAUGUGGGAAUGAUCGGUUCGAUGUGGGCGAUUGGAUCGGUUGUUGGCCCCAUCAUCGGCGGUGCCUUUUCUCAGCAUGCCACCUGGAGGUGGAUCUUCUACAUCAAUCUUCCACUGUCGGGUGUCGCCCUUGCUCUGUUGGCUCCGUUCCUGCAUCUGCAUUACCGUCGUGAGGGUACGAUCAUCGACCGCCUCAAGCGAGUAGACUACCUGGGCAACACCAUUCUCAUCCUUGCGGUGAUAUCCGUUCUGCUGGCUCUUACCUGGGGUGGGACUGUGCAUGCCUGGUCCUCGUGGCGUACAAUUGUCCCGUUGGUUCUCGGGCUGGUCGGUCUCGUUGGGUUCUUGGUCUAUGAAGCUUCUCCGGCUGUCAAGGAGGCCACCAUGCCGAUGAUUCUCUUCACGAAUCGCACCUCUGCCACCACAUACAUAUUGAGCUUCUUGCAUGGAAUCCUCCUGUACUGGGCGUGCUACUUCUUGCCGGUCUACUUUCAAGCCGUGCUAGGGGCUUCACCCACACGGUCCGGGAUCAUGCUCUUUCCCAUCGCAACAACAACCGCGCCGUUUGGCGUGAUGGCUGGCAUUCUGAUCACGGUCACCGGCCACUAUCGCAUUUUCCAUUUCCUGGGCUUCGCCCUGAUGGCCGUCGCAUGUGGACUCUUCAGUCUUCUUGACGAGCAUUCAACCACAGGCGACUGGGUAGGCUUCCAGAUCUUGUUUGGUGUGGGCGCCGGCUUCAUCUUUACCAGUUGUCUACCGGCCAUCCUCGCCGCCUUGCCCGAGUCUGAAGUGGCCAGGGCCACCGCGACGUGGACAUUCCUGAGGAGCUUCGGGUCUGUGUGGGGCACUGCUAUCCCUUCGGCGAUAUUCAAUUCCCACGUAAACAAGCUCGUCGCCUCCAUUCCCGAUGCGGCUACCAGAGCGCUCCUGGGUAACGGCGGAGCUUACGAACAUGCUACUGCCGCGUUCCUUCGCUCGUAUGAUGGCUCGCCCCUCAAAACGGAUAUAAUCCGUGUUUAUGUAGAUAGUCUGCGCUUGAUUUGGUAUGUGUCAAUCGCAUUCGCGGGGAUUGGCUUCCCCCUGGCAUUUUUGAUCAAGGGGCUUCACCUCCGGGACGAGCUGAACACGGAUUUUGGCAUGGUGGAAAAUACGGAUCGCGAUGAGAAGCAACCCGCGGUAAUGGCUUAG